AUGCCGGAAAAGGAAGUCAAUCGUGCAGCAAAGAUUCUAAUGCAAAUGGCCAGAAGCAGAACAUGCACGUCAUUCAAUCUUGGCGAAAGGUCAGAAGAAUCAAGAGCUGUGAAUAGUUUUGAAACGAUUCACCCCUGCAACGAGGAAAUAAGAGCUUGUUUCCGUAAAGAAGAAGCUCUAAGGUACACACAACCUGAAACGGCUUUCUCAUAUACAGCUGUUGACGGUCAUAAAUCUAUUGUAGCUCCGCUAAAAAGGCGUGGAGGCAAACCAUUAAAAAGGAUUCGUCAUCACGAUAUUCUUAAGUCUAAUAGGCCGACUCAUUUCUCUCUUCACUGUCUAGUAAGACAUGCAGCUGCUAGAUUACCCGGAGGUGUUGGCACUAGAGAGGACGUUUGUGUUUUGGCAAGGGAUUCACAAUUUAUCGUUGAGGAAAUCUCUGAUUCACAACUUAGCAAAGCUGUAAAGGGUGGGUUGAACCGUCUGCACUAUGAAGACGAUCCGUGUGUAAAAUAUGACAGGGGAAGGCUUCAGUGGAUUUAUCUACAUAGAGAUAGACAGGAAAGCGAUUUUGAAGGUGAUUCGACAUGA